ACACCUACUUGCCCAAUCAGCAGCAAGCAAAAUUAAAGAAGCUUUACUCCUAUUGGUUGUUUAGCGAGCUGUUGUCAAACUUCUAAUUUUUUUUUACAAGAAAUGUCAAAACGUCAAAACAAUGCUGGAUCCAAGUUUUCCCAGUUAUUAUUUCUUAAUAUUUGAAUAAAUAGAAAGUAGUUUAGUCAUACUGUAACGAAAGUGACAUUUUGAAUAAAAUGCAUGUAUGUAUAUUUAUUUUAUCCACUAUAUAAGCAACCAUACUUUGUAACUUUGAACUUUGCCAAAAAUGGACGAAAUCUCGCAAGAUAUCAGUGACUUUGAAUCUUUACUUAAGAACCGGUCAACAAACAAGCCCCUAGGACUGUACGCUGGCAGUGAACACAAAAGUAAACACAUAAGUACGACUGUAACUAGCAAACUAUGUGCCAAAGAAGUGUUAGCGAAUGUAUCAAGACAGGUAAAAGCAAUGCAGAAUGCCGACACAGUAGCCUGCAAGCGAGUUGGUAAUACACUUAAUAAGUACAAGAAGAGAGAGUUCUUGCCUGUUGAUAAGAUACCAGUUUACUAUGAGGUACCACAAAAAUUACCCACAAAAUUUGAAACUCAAUGUGUCUCUGAAACGCAAUUGAUCAAUGUUGUUGAAAAUGCUGAAAUCAUUGACAAACAUAGAGGAGUUACUCAGGAAUUUGACAAAACAUUUUGUCAAAAAAGUUACAAUGAUAAUGAUGAUAAACUUAAUGAUGGCAGCUUAAAAUCUAAAACAAUAUAUACAGAAAAAUGUGAAAGCAAAAUUAAUAUUAGUAAAGACGAAAGUGUUAUUACUAAUAAACUUUGUAAGUUAAACACUCAAGAUAGUAAAAUGUUUGAUGAUUCUGAUCUUACUUGUGCCAUGGACACUGUAACAUGUUGCGAAAACGAUGUGCCAAUUGGUUUAAAUGAUGAUAUUAAUUUAAACUUAAGUCAAGAGACCGAGGGCUUCAACAAAUGUUUAGAAAUUAUUGAUGUCUCUGAAGUUGAUACAGAAAGGUCUACAUCUACAAGUCCUGUAUUAAAUACUAUUAAAAGAAGUGCUACUCCACCAUUAGUUGUUGAUUUGUAUACUUUUGAAAAAUUCGAAGACUUUGCCAUUCCCAUUAUAGAAGAGCAAAGAGACCUUAAAUUAGCUAAAAGUAUGAUAAAUUCCCAAAUUUUAGGCAGGGAAAUAUCCAUACCAGAUCAUUUUAAUGAACUAGUUGGCAGGGAUAGUCCAGUUUUAAGUAAAGUUGAAUGUAUAACUACAAAUAUUAAUGAAGAAGAAGUUGAAAAGAUAUGUACAUGUAGCAAUAAAUGUGUAGAUAGAGAUAUACAGUAUAUAAAUGAAUCAAAUGACGAAAAUGUUAAUUUGGGAAGUGGAAACAAGAAAACAGAGUCAGCAAUCAAAACAGAAAUUAAGGAUGAGAUCCUAUUUAGUAGUGACGAGGAAUAUGAAUAUCUACACAAAAAUGUGCAAGAAUUACCAUUAACGUGUGCAUUAGAAACAUCAUUUUAUGAUAGAUCAGAUGUAUUGGAUAAAACUAUGUAUGUAGGAUUUCAAACUGCUAGUAACAAGUCUAUUCAAAUAAAUACAGAUUCAUUCACUAAAGCUAAAAACAUAUUAAGCGAUAUCGAUAAUGAAGAAACUGGAAAGUCUCUGAGUGAUUUAGUAGAAAUAUUUGACACUGAUAACGUUAUAAGCGUAAAUGAAGAAACUACGAAUCAGACUCCUUACAACGUAGAAAAAGAUGAAAACAAUGAUAUAACAACGCCAUCUACAUACACCACUGUUUUUAAGGAAAGCAGAGAAGACACGUUAGAAAAUGUAUCUUUACCGGCGUUAGAACGAGACGAAGAAGUUAAAGAUGAAAUUGUUAUGAGUCAGAUUAUACAGUGCAAAAGUAUAUCAAGAUGUGGUAAACUAAAUAACAGUGUUCUUUCUGAUAGAAACAUAAGUGAUACAAUCAAUUCGACGGCAUUAGAACCAAACAAAGAGAUUGAUAAUGAUAUUAUCAUGAGUCAAGUCAUACAAUUUAAAAGUCUAUCAAGAACACCUAACAUACAUAAUUCAAAUGUUGUUGAAGAAUCUUUACUUCCAAAUACAGGUAUUGCGAAACGUAAAUUUGAAGGAUUUAAAACAGCCAGUAAUAAAAAGAUCAAACUAUCAGAUAAAGCAUUAGCUCGGUGUAAAAAAGUAUUUCAAGAUAUUGAUUUAGGGGAUCCAGAAUAUGCAAGCUGUAAUUCUGACAUUGUCGAGACAGAGGAAAAUUUCCUUGAUGAUCUCAAGUCUCAAGAUUUUAAUGUUUCUUAUGAUGGUGGCUUAAUAACAAAGUCUAAAAUAGACUUAAGAAAUAAAGAAGAACAGCCUGGAAUGAAGGAUGUAGAUUUGCAAAUAAACGAUAAAAUUAUAUUACAGGAAUUUGAAGACAACGAAAUGCCUUUUGAAGAAACUAAUAAUAACACCUUCGUAGGCUUUAAAACUGCUAGUAAUAAAAACAUUGAUGUUUCUGUUGAUGCUGUGGCAAGAAUUAAACAUAUAUUUCAAGAUAUUAUAACUGCCCCUACAGCAAAUGAUUGUAACAGUGCAAUGAAAGCAGCUGAAAAUGUAAGUGAUGAUGGUGAUAAAAACGAGCACUUAUUCAAAAAGCCUACAGAUUUUAGGAAUUCAACUACAAAUCAAACAAAUCCAUCGAUAGUCACUUCGGAGAAACUCAAAAAUAACGAUCGUGAAAGAUAUAACAGUGAAAAGUUUCGGUCUAAUCAAUUAAUUGGUUUUAAAACAGCUUCCCAUAAAGAAAUUUUUGUAUCAGACCAAGCCGUGGAAAAAAAUAAAGGUAUCUUUAAAGAUAUUGAUGAAGAAGUAAUAAAAACUGUUGACAAAAAAGACAAAUUUAGUUUGAAUACCGAGAAGAAGCAAAUCAAUAAUUACGAAGAUGAUUUUAACUGCGGCAUAGAUACGCAAGAUUUUCUCGCUGAAGAAUUGACUCGUAUUGAAGAUUUACUCAAAGAUAAUAUUAUGGAAAAACAAAAGUCUACUAGUCCUCCUAUAUUCCAAGGUUUUCAGACAGCAAAUAACAAAAGAAUAGUCAUUUUCGAAGAAGCAUUAGAAAAGAGCAAAAAACUAUUAGAAGAUAUCACUUAUAAAGAAAUCGAUAUCAAAUGCUAUUCAAUUGAAAACAAAGUUGAUAUCGAUCAAAAUGCAGUCGAGAAAAACCUAGUUACGGGUAUUGUUAAUACAGAUAAAUUCAAGGGUAUAAAAAAUGAAACACCAAUUCUUACAGGCUUUCAUACUGCCAGUAACAAAGCAGUUGUAGUUUCGAAAAAAGGAAUAGAAGCAAGCAAAACGUUAUUUCAUGAUAUAGGGUUGUCGCAACGGGAAAACAUAGUGCAAAAUGAAGAAGCAACUGAGAUUUGUGGUUCUGAAAUUACCAACAAUAAAAUUGAUAAUUUGGAAUCAAAAAUACCAGAACCUGAUAGUAAAGCAAUUCGAAUAUCAGAAACAGCUUUACAAAACCGAACAAAAUGUACUGAUGGUUCAACAGACACUAAUACUGAACCUCCUACUUUUGUAGGAUUUCGAACAGCUAGUGCUAAACCUAUAAACAUAUCUGCUAAUGCUAUGGAGAAAACAAAAAAGCUACUCAGUGAAUUUGACCUUAACGAUGACGAUAUUAUGUUUGAUAAACACUCCGGGCAGACUUUAGAAGCACCCACUUCAUUUGUUGGUUUCCAAACAGCAAGUAAGAAGAAAAUUAGUAUCUCUGCCAAAGCUCUAGCUAAAAGUAAACAAAUGCUUUACGAUCUUGAAUUCAACAACUUGAAUAAUAACAAUGAUGGUCACGGUAAAUAUAUACCCGACACCUCGUCUAUAAAUACUGAAGCCAAAACCAUUCAAUUAAUUGAUGAUCCUUACCAAAACUCAACGAAUAAAUUUAUUGGUUUUCAAACGGCAAGUAAUAAAGAAGUCAAAAUUUCAAAAGAAGCUUUAGCUAGAAGCAAGCAAAUGUUUCAAGAUGUUGAUCUUGAUGAUGAAGAAUGUGACGUUGUUGAAAAAUAUUCUCGACACGAAGAAAAGACAAGUCCAGUACUCAAAGGCUUCAAAACGGCUAGCAACAAAGAUGCUCUAGUUUUUAAAGGAUUUCAAACCGCGAGUAAUAAGAAAGUAGCAAUAUCAGAAAGAGCGCUAGCGAAAAGUAAAAAACUGUUUGAAGAUCUAAAUUUGAGUCAGCUAGACAAAGAUCCUAAGUCAGUUUUAGAUAUGCAUGAAAAUAAUUUCGGUGGCUUUCAGACCGGUUCCAACAAAACAGUUAAAGUAUCAGAACAAACAUUGGCAAAAACUAAAGAUAUGUUCAAAUAUAUACAUAUUGAAAAAGAGAAUGAUAAUUUUACGAAAGAUAGUAUUCCAGUUUUUAAAGGGUUUCAAACUGCAAGUAAUAAGAAAGUACAAAUUUCGGAAAUAGCACUAGCAAAAAGCAAACGACUAUUCGAAGAUAUGAACUUAAGCCAGCUGGAUAAAGAAGCAAAACUGGCAGAAGAUAUACAUGAAAACAAUUUUGUAGGAUUACAGACAUCUAACAACAAAACAGUCAAAAUUUCAGAACAAGCUAAAGAUAUGUUUAAAAAUAUACAUCCUGAAAAAGAGAACGACAAUAUUACGACAGACAGUAGUCCUGUCAAAGGCUUUCAAACAGCAAGCAAUAAAAAAGUGAAAAUAUCAGAAAAACCGCUAGCUAAAAGUAAGGAAUCUUUUGAAGAUUUAAAUUUAAGUCAGUUAAAUAAAGAUCGAAACAUGACCGUACGUGAAGAUAAUUUUGGUGGUUUUCAAACAGCUAAUAACAAACAAGUGACAGUUUCAACCCAAGCAUUAGCAAAAACUAAGGAAAUGUUUAAAAAUAUAAAUUUAGAAACAGAUUAUUAUAGUAAUGAUGCAAUUAAAAGCGCAAAACAUGAAGAUGUUACGUUUAAAGGGUUUCAAACUGCAAGUAAUAAAAAAGUGGUUGUAUCAGAAAAUGCACUGUCUAAAUGUAAACAGCUUUUUGAAGACAUGGAUUUGAGCCAGCUUAGUAACAAUCGUAAACCUACAAUAGAUUCUUUUGAGUUACUAAGUGCAAAAGCAAAUGAAAAAAAUGAAUCAAUGAAUAAUCAUAAAAAUAACUUCGGAAGUUCUCAAACUGCUAGUAAUAAGAGAUUCAAAGUAUCUGAUCAAGCUUUGGUUAAAAGUAAAAACCUAUUAAAAGAUGCACUAAAUGAAAACAAAUUAGAAUAUAAAGAUAAAGAAAUCAGGACUCCAGAAAACAAAACAUACUCCUCAGCAACUAAAAAUGUUGUUAAUGAUGUUAUAGACACACAAAUACUAAAUGAUUUUCAAGAACCAUUGAACACAGAAGAUUUCUGCAAAAGCACACCAACAUCUAAAAGAUCUGGUAGUCCUAUACUUUACUGUCCCAGAGCGAAGAAAAGAAAAUUUGAAACACCAUAUAGAACAAGUAAAAAAAUGGAACCUAAGAAUCCUUUUGUACCACCAAAGUUAGCGAAAACAUACAACUUUGAUGACAAUUAUAAAAAAAGAAAGAAAUACACAUUGAAAGAUGUACAUAAUCUUGAAAAGGAUCAUACAAAAUUAAACAUAAAUCCAUGUAUAGAAGAAUUUAACUUUGAAAAUUUAUUUGAUUUCGUAUUUAAAGAUAAAAGAAAUGAUUACACUUCUGAAAAAAAUACUAUAGAAGAUGUUAAAAAGAUUUUUCUUGGUUCUGUAAAUAAGAAAAUAGUUCCAGAGGGUUGGUUAGAUAAUCAUAUAAAAUUGAUCAUAUGGAAACUACUUUCAUAUGAAGUAAAAUUUCCGAAUUUAAUGAAAAAUACUUGUACAGUAAAAAAUGUUUUGGAGCAGCUAAAAUACAGAUAUGAUAGAGAAUUAUAUCAAGUUCAAAGACCAAUUUUGAGGAAGAUUUUGGAAAAGGAUGAAGUGGCUUCUAAAACUAUGGUGUUAUGUGUUGCUGCUAUAUAUGUGGACACCGCCAGUGUUACCAGCGUAAACCCAGCCUCGCAGAAUGUAGAAUUGCUGCUCACUGACGGAUGGUACUGUGUCAAGGCCUGCUUGGAUCGAAUGCUGGUGCGACUGGUGGUCACUGGUGCUAUUGUGGUGGGGAGUAAGAUAGCAGUGUGUGGCGCUGAGCUAUUAAACUGCGAGCAAGGCAUAGCACCCUGGGAGGACACAACAUCAGUACGUCUAAAACUCCACGGCAACAGCACCCGUCGAGCCCGCUGGUUUACCCGCUUGGGUCCUUGCACCGACCUCAUUCAAAGUUCUCUAAGUGCAGCUAAACCAGAUGGGGGUAAAAUGUCCACCAGGGUGGUUGUGACGAGGGUGUAUCCUCCGCUGUACGUUGAGAAAAUGGAUGAUGGGAGCACGGUAACACUAUCGGAAAGAUUAGAACAAAUCCGGCAAAUGAAAUACGAGUCAGAGCGGCAAAUUCUUAUGGAGAAGCUAUAUGAAGAAUUGGAGAAGGAGAUGUCUGAUCAGGAAUCUCAAGAUUCCGAAGGCUAUUCGAAUGACGCGGGUUGCAUGGAUAGCGGCUCGCAAAUAUGCAGAAAUAUGAAAAGAAGCAAAGAUCCUGAUGAAUAUAGAUCACACCUAACGAAAUCUCAAAACCGCCUGCUAGAAGACCACAACGCGAGACAGAGAGAGAAGCUAAUAGAGCGAGUGAGAGCGAAGUUCCAACAGAAGUUAGACAAGCAUGGCUUGAAGACCGACAGGAAUGUGGUGCCGCUGCUAAAAGUGAGGGUGGCUGGUAUGGUGGAAAAGGCGGGGAAAGUUGACAUUACUAAAGGCUACUUGUCCAUUUGGAAACCAUCAGCUGCCGUCCUGGAACUGGUGACCGAGGGUGCCUGGAUCGAGAUCCUGAACGUCAUUCCUACUGGGAUAAGGAAUUCCGAAAUUCAGCUAUCCGCGGGGAGACAGACAAUUUUCAACCCAUACAAACAGAAAAUCUACAAAUUUAAACUAUACACAAACACUUUACAAAGAAAGUGCUAUGAAAUUAAAGAAAUAUCUCAAAAUCCUGCAAUGCCCACUGAUAAUAACGAAAUAGACACUGUCGGCAUGAUAUUCUGCAUUGAACCAUCGACUAAAGACUUUAAGGAGCAAAGCUUCCAAAAUGUCUACCUAGCGGAUGCCGACAAGAAUAUUAUCUGUGUCAAUUCCUGGGGUGGAUUAAAAAAAUUCGGGUUCGAAAAUGUUCUAGAUACCGGACAGAUUAUUACUUGCGUUAAUUUACAGAAAAGAGCUGGCAACACCAGGAAAAGUAUACCGCAGUAUAGGGUGACAGAGUUUACCUAUUUCACUAAAACGCCUAAGAGCAAAAAGGCAUUGGAAAUCACGAAUGAACUGACAAGCAAACUGUCAAAAGUUAAAGACAAAUUCUGUGAGGAUUGUCUUAUUUUAAAAAACAAUUAUUCCAUUUUCAAAAGGAGAGACAGUGAAAAUGUAUCGCCAUAUAGAUUUGACUAUAACUUACCUAAAAAUAUGGUGUCACCGUUGAGAAAUUGUGAUACAAAUUUAAAUCUUACCGGCUUGGAUUUUGAGUCCAGUUUCAAUUCGCAAGAAAUUUCGCCACGACUGUUGCUUAGGAAGAAGAAAGUAAACGAGAAAAUUGAAAAAAUAAGAUUGAACUAUGGCGAGCCGCCUCCUUUGAGCUCUAUACACCUUAUAAACAAAUCGAAAAACGCCUCUGCGACAUACAAAAGUCCGUUAAUUUCAAAUUUAGAAAGUUCAAAAUUGGAAAGUCCCGGCUUACAAAAUGUUGCCAGCCCAGUGACAGUGAACAGAACGUUUGUGAAAAAUGUGAAUCCUGUGAAAUUGAAUUUUUCUAGUGAAAAUUUGGAUGAAAGUGUCGAUCAUUUUGCGGAAGACUUUGACGCCAGCCCACCUUUGAGCCUAGAUUCUGAUAUUUUAAAUUAAUAUUUUUUUUAUGAAUAAUGGGAAACUGAAGUUAAUGUCGUCCCACAGAGGCCCUUUUAGGCCUAGACAUAUAUUUGUCUUCUGUUCAAAAUCUACGUCAAAUACGUUACAGUGUUAUAUUUAAUUUGAGAUAAACAAGAGAUUUGUCGUUUUUUUUUAACUUUACUACUGAAUAUUAUAACCUAACAAUACGUUCGCCCUUUAUGAUGAGUAUCUAUUUGUAUUCCCCAAGGUGUAGAGAUUUUUAUUACUAAUAAAAAAUAAUGUGAUAAAAUCAGAGUAUCUAGACAAUAUGUUGUAAGUAUUGAGACAUAUUUAAUUCUGUAUGUUUUAUUUAAAGUUUGGUAUUGUUAUUGUAAAAAGUCGAGAUUUAAUUUAAGAUAUUAAGGUUUCGAGAUUUUAUGUGAAAGUGCCUUCAAGUUACCAGUAUUCACUAUUUGUUUUGUUAUUAAGAACAAUUUGUACAGCGUCAAAUGUUAUUAAAGUAUGUUAUUGUUGAA